UGGGCUACCAGCAGCUACCAGGCCACCGACAUCGGUUAACUGCAGUGAUAUAGUUUUCUCUUUAUGUGGGGUGUUUGAAGCAGUCGCAACGUCAGAACCAUGGGGGACACUGAAAAUUUUCCACAAGAACCCUGUGAAUUGCCAUCAACAGCAGAAGAAAUCUUCGUAUUCAGUGUCUUGAAUCCCUACCAUAUAAUAGUGGGUAGUGUAAAUAACAGAAACCAAAAACUAAACAAAAUAUCCCAUAAACUAACCGUAUUAGCUAAAGAAUAUUCGCAGAAUGUGCUAGAUCAUCCAAAAAAUGGAGCAUUGACUUUGGUUCAAGGACAAGUGGGAACAAAGGCAGAGCUCCCAGCCUGGUGGUGUCGUGGUAUAGUCGAAGGUUACACCGAAGUAACUUCGAAAUAUGAAAUAUUAUUACCAGAUCAUGGAGUUAAAGUUUCCCUCUCCCGAAAUGAGUUUAUUACCAUCCCAGUGAAUUCAAUGUCCGAGGAAUACCUCACUUACACCAUCGGUCUCUAUCACAUUGUACCUGGAGUCUUCAACUGUUAUGCUGUAGAGAACAACAAAAAGAAAUAUGAGAUGGUGAUUCAAAAAAAGUGGAGUCCAGAGGCUAUCAAGGUCACGAAGUGUUUGGUAGCUGGAGCUUCGAAGAUUUAUUUCGACCACAUUGCCGACUCUGGUGGUAAGAAAUGUGGAGAAAUAUAUACGAUAAUUGAUCAGGAAAGUGUAGGGUUCUGA